UCAGUGUUUCAUCUGAGUAUUGAGCUAAGUAAUGUUAGUUGGAUAUGAAAAUGAACCUUGUUUCUUUUGUUGAUACUUAGUGAAAGAUUUAGAAAUUUGCUAUUUAUUGAUUUACGACAUUGAGCAACUGCCAUUUUGUUUUGCUUCUUUUUCAUUCAUUGCUCUCCAUCACUUGAGUUUUUCUUUUUCCUUUCUAAUGUGCCAUAAGACAAGAUAGGGCAAUGAUGAAGCACCUUACUAGGAAGUAGAAACCAUGAUUGACGAAAUACUUAGACAUGCUACACAAGAAAAAGCCUAGAUUAAUGGUCGUCAUAUAUAGAGGGUGUUUGGAUUGGCUUAAAAGCUGGUCAAACCAGCUUAAAAGCAAAGAAUUAAACUGUGUCAAUCAUCACAAAUAUAGGUUGACAUCUUUUCUCAAAAAAAGAAAAGAAAAGAAAUAAACUGUGUCAAUCAUCACUUUUAAAGAUAUCCAAAAUUCCUCAGUAUACGUAGCACCUUCUCCUUCUAAAAUUAGGCAUGCCUGUGAGCUUGUCUACUCUUUCAGUUCUAUUAUUUAUGGAAUAGGUAAAUGGGUGCCCAAAAGUCUAUCUCUAACAACUUAUUAGAACAUUUUUGGACAAAGAGUAUGAUUUAAAUCUAACACUGAAGAUAGGUUGACAUCUUAUUUUCCACUAAAUAUGUAUUGGUUUGUUGAGACAUUUCUGUCACAGUACCUUUAGCACAUUUAUUUUGACUAUUGAUUAUAUUAGUGGUUACUUGUCUUGAACCUGCAUUUAAUAAUGAGAAAUUAUCAGGACUAUUCAUCUGGACUGACAAAAACUAGGUUAUUAAAAUGAUUAGAUCAAACUAUAAGUAGUCACACCUCUCUCGUUGUUUUGGAAAAAAUCAUAACGAGCCCAAAACACACAAACUUGUUUCCACAAAAAACUUGGGUUUUUGCCAAGAAACCUGACUUUGCUAUAACAAUGAGCAUGUCCUGGUUAAUAACAACUUUAGUUGCUGCUUCCUUUUCAUCCCAAUUAGCUUAUGCUUAUGAUCUCGACCCUCUACAGGACAUAUGUGUUGCGGUUAACGACUCUAAGGCUUCUGUUUUUCUGAAUGGAAAGGUUUGCAAAGACCCAAAGCUUGCAAAAGCAGACGAUUUCUUCUUUUCAGGUCUUAAUGUAAGUGGAAAUGCAAUGCCCAAUUCUGGUUUUGCUGCAAAUGUUGUGGAUGUAAACACAAUGCCUGGACUCAACACUCUAGGUAUUUCUAUAAUUCGUGUUGACUUCGAGCCGGGGGUCCUUGUUCCACUUCACACACACCCUCGAGCUACUGAGCUCAUAACAAUAUUGGAUGGUACUUUCUAUGCUGGGUUUCUUGCUCCUGAUGCGGCAAAUGUCUUUAAAAGUCGUCUCUUCUCUAAAAUUUUGAAUCCUGGCGAUGUGUUUGUGAUCCCACAGGGGCUUAUACACUUCCAGUAUAAUGUGGGACACAAAAAUGCUACUUUGCUGGCUUCUUUCAACAGUCAAAACCCUGGAGUCGUCACAAUUCCUAAUUCAAUUUUUGCUUCAGAUCCGCCUAUUCUCGACGAUGUUCUUGUCAAAGGUUUCCAGCUCGAUAAGAAAGUGAUUAAACAACUUCGAAAGAAAUUCUCCUAGAAUAUGUCAUUACAAAUAUUAUUGUGUGUUGAAAGUUGUGUGCAGCUACUCACCAACGACGUGUGAAAGUAUUCUUUUACUUUUCUCUAAUUUUAACACUGUUGUAUUUUCUUUUACCCGUUUUUCGUCCAUCAUGUACAAUAACAACAUUCCCAUUAUAUUCUCA